AAAAAAAAAAAAAAAAUUUGCCUGCUAGGGGAAGCACAUUUCAUUUGAUUCUUCUUCUCUUCACUCAAUUCAAUCGCCUCUAAACUCUCUCUCUGGUUAUCGAUUCAAUAUCAUGGCCUCUUCUCAUUGCACUCGACGUCUUUUCUUCCUCUCUUCAUUCAAAUCAUUUCUCAGACCUAACAACCAUUCUCCUGCUUCAAUAAUGCCGCCCCGUCGAUUCUCACCCUUUCUCAGAACUAUUGUAUACCAGCUUGGAAGUGUUGAGUCACUUUUGCCUUUACAUAGUAUUGUGGCCACUGCUAGAAUGGUAUCAUUUCUUAGCAUUGAUUCAAGGAAUUGUCAAGCUUUUUCACAAGUUACUCUUUCCUGCAACCAUCCUGGACCCUAGCCUUUGUUACCUUCAAUUGUGAGUUCUUGUCUCUUCCCUUCUUAACUGUGUUUCACUUACAGCUACUUCAGGGAUAUAAAAAGAAUAAACACAACCCACCAGUAAAAUCACAGCAAAAAACAUGUACAUGUGAUUGGAAGAGGAAAAACAAUGUUGUUGAUUUAGGGAUGAGUUGUGAAGUUUGUGUACUAUGACUGAGUUUAGAUUCAAAUAAAUUCAUUUACUUCCUAAUCUUGAUACCGAAAUAUAGUUCAAUUUCUUCAUUUCAUUGGACAUGCUUUUGUUGAUUGAAUCUUUGAUCUUAUAUAUUCACUUGAAUCUUUU